CUACAGGAAUAAAUCGUCAAUACAUCUUAAGCAAAAAAUUUUAUUUGGUCAACCAAUCAGAUUUCGAAGUCACUAAGCUAGCUAGACCCAUAUUGCAAUGCGUCGGAUGUGGUAAUAGCGGGAACUAACGAAUUAACUCCCUUGACAAAACCAGCUAGUUCCUAGAAUAAAUUACGGAUGACUAAAAGUUUCAAAAUAAUCCAUGAAGUCAGCGCCAUCGUGUUUUUAUACUUAAUUUUAAUUUGGACUGAAGUUUCUUCGUAUCUUAUGCAAUUUUCUCUAUUUAUAUUGUUUUAUAGCAAACAGAGAUUAAAUAAAAAAGUACAUUUAUAAAGAAACUGCUAUUAUUUUCAAAGAGUUCAGAAUGCACUUGAAAUAUGGAAGCGCAAAUUGUGACACGUUUAGGUUUUCAUAACUAUAUAACUGUAGUUUCGUCAGCAAUCGUUUGCUAUUUCUAAAUGGAAAUGCUUGUUGUCGCACAUGUUAUGUGGCCAACUAAUAUCUGAUUCCAAUUGAAAUUUCAACUUGAAAAUAGGUUUAGAACUGAGUUUGAGCGGAAUACUGCUUGUCCAAUCUGUUGGUAAAGUGUUGAUUUUAAUAUCGAUACUGAUAAAGUAGAAUUUCGAUAAAUAUUAACAUUUAAUAUCAAUGACUGUUUCGACACCGUCUGCAACCAGGAAAAUUUAUAGCUUUUAGUUUAUGAACUUUGCUGUUCAGCAUGUAUGACUAAAGAUUGAAAAUAAUUGUAACAAUAAUAAUUAGAAGAAAAGUGAAACAAAGCAAGAAAAUAUCAGCAGGUUAGAAAGUUUCUAAACUGGUGUGUAAUAUGAAUGCAGCUGUUUGCUGAUAGCUUGCUUUUGUUGAUAUGUCACCUCACGGAAUCAAAGGAACAGGCAAGAAAAAUAAGUGCACAUCACUUAGUGUUAAUGGACCAAAAAUGCUUGCAAAGAAAAAAAGGAAGAUUUUAAGUGAGACUCCUGAUGUUGAUGUGUCUGGAAAAGCAACCAGUUGGCGUGGUCUUAAAUUUGAAUCCUCAAAUGAUCUUAAAGAGAAGAUACUGAAGCAGUUAACAUGCCCAUCUCGCCAAUACAAAGGGAGAGAUGGCGAAAUAGAGCUUCCUCCCAAGAAAAAGCGGAAAUUUCAAAACAAUGGCAGUGUUGAAACUGAUUCAGAUGUAGAGCAAACUAGUCGUCGAAGCAAACUGAUGAAAAAACAGUAUCUGGAAAAGCCUAGCUCUAAAAUACAUAGAUGGAAGAAGCUGGCUGAAGAUGCUGAAUUGUAUGGGUCUUCAAAUUCUGCAAGCAAAGGCAAAAAGAAAAAGAAAUUAAUGACUGUAAAUUAUGAAGAUGGGGUUUGUGUUUAUGAUUUGCACACACCCAGCAAAUUGAAGAAAAUGAAACGGCAAAAAGGUGCUAAUCACAUAGUCAACAAAAAGAAGGUUCAUAUUGGUAAACGUGUCAUUACUCCUCACAAGGGAGGCCGAAAGGAAGCCAUGAAACCAAAACUCGAUGUCAGCAGCAGUCGUUUAAAACUUUUGUCUAAAAAACAACGAAAGAAGCUUGAGGAAAAUUAUUCACUGCAGAUCUACAGUGAUGUGGAAUUGUCAGACAGUGAUGUGUCUGCUGAUGGACAAAAUGUAAUUUCAACCAAGAAAGGCAAGCUUUCAAUGCCUGACAAGUGGAGUUAUCGACAACUGCUGAGCAAGAAAAAGGCCAAGUCUAAGAAAGAACAGGAAUGCAAUGUUGGCAAGAUAAAAAAGUCAAAGCAGCAACACGAGCAGGUUUUGGAGGAUGAAGAUUCCUACGACAAUAUUGAUGAAGCUUCAUCUGAUGAAGAUAUAUCAGAAGUUGCUGAUGAUGAUGAUGACGAUGAUGAGGAUGAGGCUGAUGAUGCUGAAGAGGAUGAUGAGGAGGAGGAGGAAGAGGAUGAUGAUGAUGAUGAGGAGGAUGACGACGACGAAGACAGUGAGGCCCAAACGAGUGAUGAAAGACUUGGUGCAGAAAAGAAAAAUGUAUCAAAUCAGCAUUUACCCAAUGGAAAUUGGGAAAUGAUUAAUGACGAGCGAUGUCGAGAAGUGACUCAAGAAGACUAUGGUAGUGCCUGGAAACAACAUGAUGGAGACACAACAUCAAUUGUACUGCAUCCAUGGCCUCAUGGUAACAACUUUCAAGAACAGCAGCCACAUUCCCAUCAAGUGCUACAGAAAAAUAAACAUGCUGGUCUUGUGAACACUUCCAAUUUGUCAAUUAUUGGUGGUGUUCUUGACAGUACACUAUCAGGACACAGCAACCCAGGUAUUUCUCAUCCUUCGCUUCAACAUUAUCAUUCAGAACAAGAAAAGCAACAGAAUCAAUUUACUGAGAAUCAUAUUCAGGUGCAAGAUGGUUCUGUACGUCAUUUUGGUGAUCAAACUCAAAUAUACAAUACCUAUAAUGUUGAUAUCAAAUCCCAGACUCAUAUCUCAAAUAACCAAACUGAUCCCAACCAAUCUUCCCAACCAUGUCAUCUACAGCAAUACACUGACUUAAAUCACACUCAGUCUCAACCAAACAGUUCUUCGUUUGGUACUUCUAAAGUAAAAUAUUAUUACCCUGCAAGCUUUGGUAAAGAAGGUAUUUUAGAGGUUGAAAGGGCUUUGCAACCUGUUCCUCCUGAAGAAGUACUGACUCAAGGCUUCCGCAUAAAUAUAAAGCGAUGUGAUAUGGCUACUUUAGUUGGGGCCAACUGGCUCAAUGAUGAAAUCAUCAACUUUUACAUGAAUAUCAUUGUUCAAAGAAGUAAAAUAGAUGGCUAUCCUUCAGUCUACAUUCCAAGCACAUUCUUCUUUCCCAUGGUAAUGAAACGAGGCUAUAAUGGUGUAAGGCGGUGGACCAAAAAUGUAGACAUAUUUGAUCAUGAUUUAAUGCUGAUACCAAUUCAUUUGGAGAGUGAAAAUCAUUGGACUCUCAUAGCUGUCGAUUUCCUUCAGUCUAGUAUCUGCUAUUAUGACAGUUAUUUACAAGACAGGGAUGAUGCUAUGGAUGCAAUUCUUAACUAUUUGAGAGAAGAAAUGAAAGCUAAAAAGAAUAUUGAAAUGGAUACCAACUGUUGGGUGAAAGUGAAUAUGAAGAAUAUACCACUUCAAGAAAACAUGUCUGAUUGUGGUGUCUUCAGUUGUAUUUAUGCAGAGUACAUCAGCCGAGGAGACAAAAUGGAUUUUACUCAAGAAGAUAUGCCCUAUUUCCGACGGAAAAUGGUUUAUGAAAUUCUUAAUCAUAAAAUAGUCAAUCACAGUCCAAGGGAUCUUGAGAAUAUGAUUUCUGAUGACCUUUUAGACGAUAUUACUUCCUCAAAUGAAAAUGGUCAUAUUCUGACACCAGAUAUUGCCGCAGCCGUGAUCCAAAAUGGUCUGCCUGACAAUUUCCAGGGUCCUACAAAGGUUAGUGAGGAGGCUAUGGGCUUAGCUGCUGUUUCAAAAGAUACAGAAGGGGUCAGAGACAUUGAAAAGACCCAGAAUGGUUCUACAGGUGGAGAAAUGGAAGAAAAGGCUUCACUUGCGGAAGCAGGUGAAGAAACUAGUAGAAAACAUAAAACCAAUUUGAUCUCUGAAAUUAAAAGAAUUGUCAGUCUCUUUGAUGAUGUCAGUGAGGAAAAGAGAAAUCUACUUGAGAGUCAACUCUUUCAGUUGCUCAGAGAAAAUCUCAAGAAUUCUAACCGGAAAGCCAAGAAAGUUAAAAUCAGGCAUAAUGAUCUUGCAAGCAUCAUGUCAGUGAUUGAAAAGCAUUCAGGGGACAAUUCUGAGAGUGAUGAAUUAAAUAGUGUCAGUGAUGACAGUGCCAGUAGUAGUACCGUCAGCAGUAGUUCUAGAACUACCGCAAGUAGCAACGUUUCGAGUGAUAAAGGAAUGAAAAGCUCUGAUGACACCGAAGUGUCAAGCCUUUCUGAUAAUUCAGAAGAGUCGGGUUUGUUUAAUAUUAUGAAGGAAAUGGAGAAAUUGUUUCUUUCAUUGGCUGCUUUUGUACGAAUUAUUUGUAAAACUGACCAAGAACUGUUGAAAGGCAAAGCGGGAGAAGCGUCCAAUCGAUCAAAUUCUGUGAUAAAAGGGAUUAGCUACAUUACAUCUAAACUAGAAAACAUAAACCAAAGGUUGAAGAGUCAAUCUAUUCUGAAAACUGCUGCACAGCAACACAUGACAUCUCAGCAUGACAGAAAAACCUCCAAAAAAUGUAUGUCGCAACGUUUAGUGAUCCAGAAAAAAUCGAGGAGAAAUGAAAGGGACAUUAUGAAAACCAAACAUUGUUUGAGAAAUAGCAUUACAUUUUCGAACGAAGUUGGCAGUGAGGAGGACAUCUCCAAUGAUGAAACUACUGAAGCAAGACUUUUUACGAGCACAGCAAAAGACCUUGGCAUCAGUCUUGAAAGUGGAGCUUAUCUGAAAAAGCUUCACUUACGAAAGAACUUAUUGAAAAAAUUUCCAUUGCCAGCAGAUGUAUUUGAUUUGAAUUGCCAGUUGCAGGACAAAGCUCACAAGCAACAUGCAUUCAAAAGCAUAGUGCGGUCAGAUCAUUGUAAAAAAGGAAAAAAGAAAAAGUAAACUCUUACACACUCACAAAAAAAAAAAAAAAAAAAAAAAAAUCAUUUACCUGUCUGUCUACCUUUCUAUCAUCUGAUUUUUCAAAUUUUCAUUGAGUUACUUUCUCAUACUUCAUUAAUAGGCAUACAGAAACACGCAUAUACAUACAUAUACAUGCAUGCAUGCAUACAUACGUAAUUACCUGUCAGCAUCUUUUAUACCUUGCAAUCAACUAAAUUGCUUAUGAUAAUCUGAAAAUACAGCAAAAGAUGUACACAAGUAGUCUAGGUCUGUUCAUUUUUAUACAUGCAGAAUUGGAAAACAAAAUGAGCAGCUUUAAAAUCGUUUCAAAGCUCUUUAAAUUCAAUGUUAGUCUGUUUGUCUGUUUUCUCUGUCCUAUGUCCCAUCACCACUGGCUCUGUCGCUGCUGUCGACCAGCAAGAUCAACACUUACCACCAUCACUCCCUUCCUUCCACUGUCAGCAACUCUUUAAUUUCUUUGUCUUGUUUUGCUCAUGAAACCCAUUUCUGCUGCUAUUGUUGCAAUGACAUACUGUUCUCUGUUGAGUUCUUUGUAACAAUCAAACCAUUAAGCCCACUAAGACAGACAUUGUAGGGAAAUGUAAAAGAUCUAUACCACGUCUCUUUCGUCAUUUGAUGCAAAAUGCAUGGUAGUUUCUCUUACUCCAAAGACCAUUGAUGAAACAGUCAACUAGAUGCUUUUUGAUUGGCAUAUUGUUCAUUUACUUUUCAUUUAUCUGAAACUUUUUUUUUUUUUUU